GAUGCUUGGGGUGGUGAUGAUUUGAUGCUGGAUGAGGAGGGUAAUCCGGAUAUCGAUGAAGAUGAAAUGCACAGCGCUACAAGUGAGAAAGAAAAUAAAGAAGGUGGCUGGGAUGUAGAUGAUGAUUUAUCUCUCCCUCCCGAUGUUGAUAUUAAAUCUGGAGGAGAUGAUGACGACAAUUUUUAUACACCACCAUCACGUGGGCAGGCACCGUCAGUUUAUUGGCCGAACAAUUCCAGGUUGGUUGCUGAUCACGUUGCUUCAGGAGCCUUUGAUAGUGCCGCACGUUUAUUAUGUGAUCAAUUUGGUAUUACUCGCAUUGAACCGUUCAAACAACUUUUCUUAACAGUUUAUGCAAGAUCACGUGCUGCUUACGAAGGUCUGCCGAGUGCUGGUCCGAAUUUUGUUUAUCGUUUGCGUAACUGGCAGGAUGGUAGUGGUCGAAGUGGACUACCGGCUGUUAACUUACAUCUCAAUGAUUUGGCUGCAAGCCUACAAACCUGUUAUCAGCUUACAACUGGCGGUAAAUUCAAUGAAGCUGUUGCGAA